UAAUGCGAGCACAAUUAAUGUUUUAUUAGCGUUGUUUGUUUUUUAAAAAGUAAACGUUACAUUUUUCAUUCUACAAUACAAAUGACAUUUAUUAUUAAGUGUCGAAUAAUUAGAUAGUUUUAUAUUUAAAGAUGGAAUUGACAAGUGAUGUAAAGAAGAUGUCGACAAAAAAUUUUCAUAAUAGAGCUGAAGUUGAUUUAAUGGAUGUAACAAUUUUUUCGACGCUACAACCACAAGCUUCAUCUACUGUUGAAAGAAAAACAUUAGCUGCCAGAUUACAAAAUAAUUUUGUUGUACCGAUUAAUCCAUUAUUGAAGAACGAUGCAGAUGAGUCAAAAGACAACUCUUUGGGACUUAUAAAUAAUAUUUCUAAUCUUUUAGAAGAUGAUAAGGAUAAUAAUUUUAUGAAUUUACAAUCUACUACAACGACAAUGCAUAAUAUUGAGACUGAAAAAAUUCUUGCCCGGCAAUUAUUGCUAAGAUGCAGUCAAGUAAAGAAAAGCCCUCCAGCUUAUGAUACAAAUAAAGAAAAUAAUGUUAAUAUUCAAAAUUUAUCAGAGAAUCAAUCUAAAGAAUCUAACUCUACAUUAGUCGCUUCUCAUAAUUUAAGUAAUAAUAGUGUCGUGUUCGAACCGACAGAAUUCACAGCAAGAUCAUCAGAAAUGACUAAAUCUAACGUUGAAGAUCGUUCAAUGAAUAAAAACACUAGCCAAGGUUUCAGUUUUAAUGUAAUAAACAAUGAAUCUGCUGCUAAAUUUUCUGAAGAUAAUUUCAUGUCUGGUUCUGCAAUGAUGAAUCAAUUAGAAGUUGAUGAAUUAUCUUGGCGUCAAAAUUAUGAGGCGAUUCCACUACCUCUUCAAACGAAUAAUUUGAAUACUGUAAAUCCAUCUAAUUCAUUUACAUCAGCUUUUUCUUCAAAAGACAAUCAAAAUCGUUUGGAGCUUUCAUGCUUUUCUGGAUUUAUAGGUGAUUUAGACUUAACAAUUAAAUCUACUGCUACAGGUAGAAGAGUGUCAGUAGGAGAAUAUUUUGAACGGAAAUGUGAUGCCUUGGGACAACUUUCAAUUGUAGGCGAUGUGGAAAGACCAAACUUUGGGUUGAAAAGAAUAUCUAGCCCUGAAAGGUUGGCAAAGUGCCAUGCAUUAGUAAAUCCUGAAACAUCAGCAGUAACGAUAGAAUCUGAUGAUACUUUUGUGGACAGUACAAUGAAUAAUGAAUAUGCUGAUUUAUUGAGUCUCAGCAAAAUAGCUGAAGCACUGCAAACUGUUGAUGGCAGUCCUCGUGAAUUAGUUGAUAAACUUCUUCAGCAAAAAAUAAAACAAAAAAAUGAUCUAACCAGGAACUAUUCUAUGAUAAAUGCAACUGGUGGGACAUAUACAGUUCUAUCAAACAGAGCAUCGCUGCCUGUUGUAACGUCUUUACGAGAACAAACUAAUCUUCAACAAGAAUCAGUUAAAUUUUCUUUAGGACAGAUUAAUCAAGUACAAUGUGAUUCUACGGUCAGAGAAAUGACGUUUGAACAGCCUAAAAUAUCGAUUGAUAAUUACAAUAGUACAAAAAAAUCUUCAUUUGAGGUACCAAUAAAAGCUUCACCAUCAAACAGGGAAUAUCAUGAAAAAUUAACUAUUCAGCAACCAUCAACACCACCUCCAAAAUCUCCGAUACCUUUACCAGUUCAAAAUAUUGAGCAUCAUGACGUUAAAAUGAUAAAACAAUCUCCGUCUACCCCAUCUUCUCCAACUUCUUCAGGACAAAGAGUGUCUACAUCUUAUAUGGCCAAUGAAUUAAAUGGUGUAAAUGUUAAAAACGAGAGUGACUCUUUUAGUUUCUACAGUCGUUUUUGCGAUAAAAUUUUUAUUGGAAAAAGUACGCAAGAUUUAUAUAAGUGCACUGUUGGUGUUCCUUUAGAUGCCAGUAUUGAGAUUAGAAAUGAUAGUGUGAGAUGGAUUCUGUGUACCUGUAAAUUACAUCAAAUUCAAGGUAACCAAAACAAUGUUGAAAUAGAAGUUGCUACUGACCAGAUUGUAAUAGAGCCAAAUAAAUCAAAAUCUGCAAAAAUAUCUGUGAGCUUUUUAAAACCCGGUGAUCCAAUAAUUGCUGCAUUGGUAAUAGAAAUAACUGACACAACAUCUCGUGAAAAAUUUACAAAACAGCAUAUGAUGUGCUUCAUACCAGAACAGCCAAUAUCUAAUAAUAAUUUUUGUGAAAAUAUUGAAGAAGAUACUUGUGAAAUCGAUUUAAUUGAUACACCGAUUCCAAUAAUAUUGGAAAAAAAUGAGAAUAAAUUUUUAUCUUUGAAAAACAUCAGUAGCCAAAUAAUAAAUUUAACAGCGUCGGUUGUACAACCUGAUAAAUCACAAAAACUUCAAUUUAUUAUUGAACCGAAAGAAAUUAUUCUACACAGUGGAGAAGUGGGAAGUUUAAUGAUAAGUUAUCAAGGUUCUGAUUCGGAUAACAUCAGUAAUAUUACAACUGAGAAGCAAGCAAUAAUUAAAAUAAAAACCAACAAAAAUACUAUUUAUUCUUAUCCUUUGAUAGGUAGAGAGAGGCAAUUGCUAACUGAUGAAAAUAUUGAUGACUUACGUUGCAAUACUCCUCAACAGCAAGUUAUAACACUCGUUAGUUCUGGUGUACCAUUAUCACCACAAAGUACAACUUCAUCAAAUAAGUUUGAAAGGAAUUCUCCACGUAGUUCAGUAUCAGCAGCUAGCUCCACAGUUACUGAUGACUCUAUUCCAAUAAAAACCAAUCAUUCUGCAUUAGUUUGGACUACCGUUCGUGUUGGAAAGCAUGAAACACGUGAAUUUACGAUUCGCAAUACGAGUAAUCAUAAAAUAAAACUUCAAGGGAUCAUAACAGAUAAUGACAAUAGUUUUAAAUUUCUAAAGGAUCGCGAUAUGAGUACAACAAUCACAAUUUUACUUCAGCACAUGGAGAGAAAGACAUUUACAGUUAUUUUUCAUCCAAAUAAUACCGGACCAGUUUCUGGAAAGAUAACAUUCUUUCAUUAUGGAAAGAAGUACGAUCAUAAAGAAUCAAAAGCAUCAAAAAUAAUACCAUUGUAUGGUUGUGGAGGUCAUACGAAAGUGUGUAUUAGUCAAGCUCUUAAAAUAAUGGGCGAUCAGAGGUGGUUGUCUCUUGGCAAAUUAAAUCCAAAUGGAACUUUAAAUACGAAAAUGAAGGUUGAAAAUAAUGGGGAUCUUCCGGCUUAUGUAAAAAUUUCCUUGACUCCAAAAGCGGUUUAUCCAUCUGUGGAAAAAAGUUGGAAUGUUGAACCAACCGAAUUAAUCCUUGGACCUAAAGAAAUUCAAUGGAUUACGAUUAAAUUCCGACCUAGACGAGAGGACAUUGUUUUAGUACGAAGCAGUGAUGGAUCAGAUAUGGGAACACUCACAAUAACUCAUGGAGAUGAACUCACACGCUGGCGAAUUCGACGGCUGUAUAACAAAAUGCUGAAGGAAGGACAAAUAAAAAAGAAACAAGAAGAAAGUAAUUUUAAAAAUGUCGUUUAUCCACUCUGUAAAGUAUUUCCCGGUGAAAAACCAAUUCCCAACUUAAAUAUCAUUCGAGAUUCGAUCAGUGAUCUUGAAACUUUGUGCAGAAAGAUUAAUCGCUUCGUUAUAACUCUAAUUAUGGAAUCUAAUGCGGACGAUACAACGUCUAUUUUUCCUGAUGAUGAUGAUGACGAUGAUGACUCUAAUGAGUCGAGACUAUUUCAAUCUCUCUGCAGUGACCUAAGUAAUACAAUAAUUGGAGCGAGUGAAAAUAGCUAUUUACCUCUUGAAACACUGUCAGAGAAUCAACUCGACAAUGAGCAUAUUCAUGAAGAUGAUGGAUUUAUUGUAUCUCCAUUAAUAGUAACAUUAACGCCACCAUCAAUCACUGAUACUACGGUUAUGAUUAAAAAUAAAUUAAGAACUGAUCAGCAAUUUGAAGCUCGAGUAACAGAUAAUCAGUACUUGAGUGUUAGUCCAAGUCAAGGUAUAAUCUCUGCUAAUCGAAGUGUACUUCUCUCCGUACGAUGUAAACAAAGUAUUAAUAAGAACAUUGAAGCUCUCUUAGAAAUUUAUACAGCCAAUAAAAAACAUCAAGUUUCUGUAAAAGUUUUAAAUGCUAAAAAACAUUAAAUAUACUCUAAUUAUUUGCAAUGUAUUUGUCAUGUAAGUGAAAUAUUUUUUAUUUAUUUUUAUACUUUUGUAUCAACAUUUUUUAUAAACAAUAAAC